AUGUUUUCUUUAGGGUUGGGUCCCCAGCAGGAUUUAUUUCUGCGUCAAGGAAGAUUACCGCUAAUAGGAUUUGCUUCUUGGAGGCUGUUGGCAUGUUUGGUGCAAACCCUGCACAGUGCUUUCUUAAAGCAGAAUAUGGACCCUAUUUGUCAUAUUUUUCUUCUUCUUCUGGCCUUCCACAAGAUAAACCCAUCUGUUUCGUCUUGUGUCACGGGAUGCUCUUGUUCUCAAGACAGCUUUGGAAGGAGUUUGCUCUGCAUGUCUGCGCUGCUGAGGCAGAUCCCUACAAACAUCCCCCAGGACAUCCGGAAAAUUAGAAUAGAAAAUUCCCACCUAACAGAAUUGCCUCGUGGGUCUUUUGAGAACAUCAGUGCCUUGGAGUAUCUCUGGCUCAAUUUUAACAACAUCACGGUGAUGCACAUCAAGAGCCUGGAAUAUCUGCCGGCUCUGAAGGAGCUGCGCUUGCAAGGGAACAAAUUAGGUUCGGUGCCAUGGACAGCAUUCCAAGACACCCCGGCUCUGAAAAUCCUGGAUCUGAAGCACAACCGGCUGGAUGUCCUUCCAGAACAUGCACUCCGCUAUCUCCCCAGCCUGACCUAUUUAGAUCUAUCCUCAAAUCAGCUUACCAUCAUAUCCAAGGAUGUCUUCUAUAGCUGGCCCAUCUACCAGAGAAGCCAGAGGGCGGAGGGGCAGAUAGAAGCUAUUUCCAACGCCGUCCUAGCCCUUCACGACAAUCCCUGGAUUUGUGACUGUCGGCUGCGGGGAUUUGUCCAGUUUAUUAAGUCAGUCGGCCCACCCAUUAUUCUGAUGAAUUCCUAUUUAACUUGCUCAAGCCCAAAAUUCAGGGCAGGGAAGUUUUUUCAUGAAGUGGAGCUCAACAGCUGCAAGAAGCCGCUGACGACAGCCCUUGACACCAACCUGACGGUCCCGGUGGGGCUGAACGUCACUCUGACCUGCUUUGUGCAAGCCAGCCCUUCCCCGGCUGUCUGGUGGACCUAUGCACUCAAACUUUUAAGGGCAUUUAACGGCUUUCCUCAUUGGAGAAUGAACAUUGAAUACUGGCUUCAACACAACAUCGGGAAGACAGUAGUACGGGGAAUAAAUCACGAACUUUUGGUACCUUGGGAAACGUUGCAGAACCUGGUGGAGACACAACCAGCAGAAGGAGCGUGCUCGCGCAGGGAACCAGGAGUGGAGCCGGGGGCUGCACUUCCCCUCCCUCCCACCGGCUUGCGGCCGGAGGACGAGGACGAGGCGAGAGCCUCAGCCUCACGCCACACAGCCCUAGGAGGAGGGAUAAGCAAGAAAACGUGGAGGAAACGAGAUGUGGCAGAAGCUCUGGGAGCAGCGCUGCUGCCACGGCCACCCAGCUGGAACCCUGCUGCACCUCUCGGCUGCGGCGCCUGGCUCAGCCCGCAGGUGACAUGA